UUUCUUCGGUCCUCAACACACGAUUGUAGCUUGUAGAAAUCUGCUGUUUCUAAAGCGAAGGAAGUUAACUGUGGGUUCACUUCCGUUUCUGCGCAGUGCGCAUUACACCGACAACAUGGCGCUGGCUAAGACCGUUUACAGUCUCCUCUUCAGGAGGACGUCCACCUUCGCUUUGACCAUCAUGGUUGGAGCUGUCCUUUUUGAGCGGGUAUUUGACCAAGGCGGUGACGCGAUUUUUGAGCAGAUAAACCGCGGGAAACUAUGGAAACACAUCAAACACAACUAUGAGAACAAAGAGGAAGAAUAGCACGUCUCCCUGUGUUAUAUAAGGCUGAUGUGUUGCUUAGUUUCCGUCACCAUGUAUUACUGGAUUCAACACCUGAAUUAAGCAGCUGUCAUCUUGGGACAAUGUGCUCUAAGUCAUACCCAGGCUGGAGGAGGCUGAGAGGACCUCUAGAAGGCUGUCCGGACCACCAUGGAUACAUCAAAGCUCGUCCUUGCAGAUAUUUCUGAUACUUUAAUUGUCUUCAGAUUGUAAAUUGUUAUAUUAAACCUGUCUCGAUGUCAUA